UUGUCUUCUCUUCCGUGUCUGUUGUGAGAGAGAGUUCAAAUCAAAGCAGUUUGUGAUAUCCGCCCAGAUAGCAAACUGACAUAGAAUCCACGUAGAAUCGAUGUUUCUCGUGGCGUCGAAACCACGUUGAUCUUCGACGUCGAUCCAACAUCGUUUUGCUCAUCGGGUUAACGUUGAUCCGACGUCAGGCGCACCAUUCAAAACUAACAGAAAAUCGACGCAAUUGGUUGCGUUACCUAACGUUGAAUCGACGUUGAUUUUCAAUUAGUUGAAACGACGUCAGAGAAUCAAUACGUCUUCAACCUAAAAUCGAUCUAAUUGGUUUGCUUACCUAACGUUGAAACGACGUUGAUUUAAUUUGGGUAAAACUACUUUACUAUUAACAUUUUCUGCUUGUUUUAAAAAUAUCACAUACUUACUACUAAAUAAAUUAGCCUGUAUAAGUAAAACAUUAUUAAACACAUUACAUUCAGUCACAAUUUUUUUAUUAUUUAUACAAUACAGAUAUGCAAAAAAAAUAAAAAGACAAACAUCCAUUCAAAGCAACAUGGAAAACUGCACAGUAUAAGCAAAAACAAAGUAUAGUCAUUAUAAUCAGUAAUGAUUUCCCCAUUGGAUGCAGCAAAUAUUAAGCCACAUAAACAUAUUUCAUAUACCAAAUACACACACAAAAAAAUUAUUAUUAGCAACAUCAUAUGAUUUCUUUUGUGUGUGUGUGUGUGUCAGCACAUGGCCUUGUUUGUUUUCUUGGACAUGUGCUUCCUUAGCCCCUCCACAUUAUUUUCUCUUUAACACACCCUCUUGUUAGCCUUGUUUGUCUAAUUGUGCUCACCCAUCCCUCAUGUGUUUUCCUCCCUAUUUUUAGUGCCCCUUACCCUUUUAUCUUUGCUGGUUUGUGUUCAUUCUCACCCCCCUUCUGUCAAAGUCUUUGUCUCUGUCUGUGGAUGUGUUUUAUGCCCUUGUUUUAUCUUGUCCUUUUGUAGUUCCAUGUUUUUGUCUAGUUCCUUGUUAAAGCAAUCUGUUUGUUCUUUUUUUUUUUUUUUUUGCUUUUACAUGUAAUAUUAAUUUGCUCUAUCCUGAUCUUUGGUUUUGUAUUUUGUUUGAUAUUCUUUUAAGUUAGUGAGUUGGUUAAGUUGAUAAUUAUUUAUUACUGGUCUCGCUGCCCCCUCUGCUGUUAUAGUAUUCUGCCAGUUGAUGUCUAAAGCUGUUCCAAUGGCCUUCCCUAACUGUCUUUUACUGUUUACUGUGUUCUGUUGAAGUAUUACUUAUGCACUUCACAACCCUCUUGUAUCUGUCAGUUCUGUCAAUAAACUCUUAUUACUCAUACUGCAAUUAGGUCCUCCUUUCAGGUCCCAGACAUGUAGAGGUGAUUCUAUACCCUUGGCCAGGUUAUGUCUCAAAGGUUCCAUCCUCAGUCAUCCAUUUAUUCAUCUUUUCCCCUCCCCUAUUUGACUCCAUGCAGUAUUGUAAUGCUCUCUUGGCGGGUCUCCCUGAAUGUUCUAUCAAGCCACUGCAACUGAACCAGAAUGAAGCAGCGAAAGUUGUCUUCAGUGAGCUCACAUUACUCCUCUCCUCAUCAGGUUACAUUGGCUACCACUAGCCGCUCGCAUCAGAUUCAAGGUAUUGAUGCUUGCCUACAAGACGACCACUGGCACUGUAACAAUAUAACUAAACUCACUAGUUCAAACUUAUGCGCCCUCCAGAAGCUUGUGUUCUGCAAGUGAAUGUCAUCUUGUGGUGCCAUCCCAAAGAGGUUCAAAAUCACUCUCACAGACCUUUUCCUCGACUGUGCCCAGCUGGUGGAAUGACCUUCCAAUCUCAAUUCAAACUGCGGAGUGUUUAGUAAUUAAAAAAAAAAAAGACAUAUUUUUCACCAGCACUUGACCAACUCAUACUAGAAGUUACCUUUUCUUUUCUAUUCUUAAAAAAAAAAAAAAAAAAAAAAAGCUAUGUGUACUGCACUAGUCUAACUGAGCCUUGUCAUGGGACUUGAAUACUGUUGUUGUUCUCUCGUUGGUGUGAUUGCUUCUAUUGUUCUCAUUUGUAAGUCGCUUUGAAUAAAAUCGUCUGCUAAAUUAUUAAAUUUGUAAGUUUUAAAUGUGUAAGUUGUGUGUUAUACGGCACAUUUGAACAGAGCAAAAACCACAUGCUUUCAUGUUUUUCUAGGUAUCAUCACUCGCUGUCCCCUUGAGCUGAAAUUGCGGAAGGUCAAAAAAGGACCAUGGUCCGGGACUAUUUCUUACUGUGGUCACAAAGAGACCUUUCAUGACCCAUUAAUGGUGGAUAACCUAGUUAGAAAAGCUCAAAAUGAUCUUGCUGGAAAUACGGUUGGAAUCAGUGAUGAACUUGUUUCUUUGGAAAUUUCAUCUCCUGAUGUUUGUGACCUCACUCUGAUUGAUCUACCUGGUAUAACCCGUGUACCUGUGCAAGAUCAGCCUGAAGAUAUUGGAGAACAGAUCAAAAUCCUGAUACAGAAAUACAUUUCCAAAAGUGAAACCAUCAUUUUAGUUGUGGUGCCCUGCAAUGUUGACAUAGCAACAACAGAAGCACUAAGAAUGGCACAACAUGCAGACCCUGAGGGAUACAGAACACUUGCAAUUCUCACGAAACCAGAUCUCAUUGACAAAGGAGCUGAGAUUGAUGUUUUGAACAUUGUCCAGGGCAGAGUUGUUCCUCUCAGUAAGGGUUACAUUAUUGUGCGAUGUCGUGGUCAGAGUGACAUCAAUAACAAAAUUCCUCUUGAUGAAGCCAUAGACAUAGAAAUGGAAUUCUUUAGAAACCACCGAUAUUUCAGUUCUCUACUGGAUGAUAAUAAAGCAUCUACUCUGUGCUUGACAAAUAAAUUGACCAAAGAACUGGUUGAUCAUAUCAAGAAAUCACUACCACACUUAACUGAGCAGAUAAAUACUAGAAUACUUGGUGUGCGAGAAGAGCUUAAAAAGUAUGAUCAGGGUCCACCUCCGGAAGAAGAAAAGAUGGGACCUUUUUUCAGUGAGAUAAUAAUAAAGUUCAACGAUCAAAUCGAUGAACUGAGUAGAACAGGACAUUUAAAAGACAGAAAUAUUUAUGCACUUCUACAUCCUGUGUUCAAGAAAUGGGACAUCCACUUGAGAGAAACUGAAAAAUUAUUCAAUGCAAAAAUUACAGAAAUUAUAGAAAAGUAUAAUGAGAUGCAUCGUGGGAGAGAAUUGCUUACAUUUAGUGAGUACAUAAACUUUGAACAUGUCAUCAAAGACCAUGUGGCAGCCCUUCAAAAGCCAGCUAUGGAAACACUGAAAGAUGUACGAGAGAUUGUUAAAAAUAAAUUCAGGGAAGUAUGCAAUUUAUGUUUUGUUCAGUACCCGUUACUGCAGCACAAUGUCUUUAAAAAGAUUGAUGAGAUUCAGUUAAAACAAGAGGCUAAAGUCGAGAAAAGAAUCGAGGAGUUUAUUGCUAUGGAGCAUCUGGUUUUCACCCAGGACAAGGUAUUGCAAAAGAAACUUGAUGAAUCUGAGAUCCAUCAGAAGACUGGGCUAGAACGUUAUGAGAACCUCCAUGAAGAAGAAAUGGUUUUAAAUUCCAAAGGCUGUGGGUUGUUGGAUACGAGGAAUCUAGUACCAGAAAAACUGGCUCUUUAUUAUGAGAUCAUCUAUCAACGCCUGACAGACUAUGUGCCCAUGUUGCUAAUCCUCUUCAUGCUUAAGAAUGCAGCUAAGACAUUGCAACAUCAAAUGCUGGAAAUGAGGAACAGAGCAGAUGUGGCCAAGCUGCUGAAAGAAGACUCAGAGCAAGGGCGCAGGAGAGCUGAUCUAAAGAAGCGUCUGGAACGUCUCACGGAAGCUCAAGAACUAAUAAACAACAGAAGCUGACAUAUCUUUCUAAAGUUGUGGAUAUGCCUAAAUUAAGCAUGUCCAGUGGACGUCUUUUUUAUGUCUUUGCUGACAUUGCAAAGAUUUAGAGUCAUGUUAUUUCCAUGUAAUUUGCAGACACUGCGUUUGUCCUAAAGUCAAGAAGAAAAAAAAAUCUUAAUAAAAUAAUGAAAUAACUGAUGAUUGAGCAUAUGGUAAAAUCAACUGCAAAUCAAAGACAUUAAAUCUCUGAAGAUCUCAGCUGAGGAGGAUCAAAGUGGUUAAUGACUAUAUAAAUUGGUCACUGGAUAUUUAUAACGGAUCUCAAUUUAGAAAUUCUAUCAAUUAUUUCAUUCACUAUAGCAGACAAAGCAUAAUAUAAAUAACCAUGAAAAGUAUGAAAUUCUGUCAGUGUUUUUGUUUUUAUUUUAUUUUUAUUUUUUUUCCAUUUAUUCAAUGUAUACACAUGCUUUGCAGGAUUUUUUUUUUUUUUUCCUCUGUAGGCACACCUGUAUCCUGUAGAUCAAGUAGUAGACCACCCCUGGUUCAAUGCUCAGUUAUUGCACAUGAACUGAUAAAAUGUACACAAUGUAAGUCAAGUCUGCCAAAUGCAUAUGGUAAAAAUUUAAAUUCAUAUACAUUUUUUACAUUUUAAGAUAGAAGGUUUGAAUGUUGGGAACAGGCAAAACAAGGGGGAAAUAACAAUAGAAAGAUUAACAUUACCUUUGUAAAUCAAUGUUUCAUUUACAUUAAUUGCACUAAUAAUAAUAAUAAAAAAUCUAACCACCGGGUCUUUAUUGCCUACGUGAUGUUGUUGUUGCAGCAACUCAGCAUAAUGCUGGAAUACACUACUCAACGUUUGGUCUAAUUUAGCCUACAGUCUGUAGCCAGCUACUGUAGUUGCCGUAAGUUAGAGCCAGUCUGCAGAUUUAAGUUUACAUAUUUUACAGAAAAGUGUGCAGUCCACAGAUUUUCUUCUAUUCAAACUAAGAUUGUAUCGAAA